UGAUGUUGUGAUGAUGUGUUUGACUGACACUUAUCCUGUUACUGGGUAUUUAUACCUUGUCAUCAAUAUGUAAUUAAUAUCUGUAUAUAAAUAUAUUUAAGAAAAAUGUUUUCAACGUGACGUAUAAGAUUCUUAUAAUAACAUUAGAUAAGGAGAUAAGAAACUAAAUUUACAGAUAAAAGUAAACCACAUUUCAAACUUCAAUCUAUCAAGAUUUGUAAUAUUUGGGAUAACAGUAAAUAUUUUUGAUACAUGCAAAAUUUAAGAAAAGGGGUAUGUUUAUUUGAAAUUUUCAUUACUGGUUGUGAGGCUGUCUGGUUAAACGAUGGAAGAAAACGGUAGCAGUACUAGAGACCAAAAUAGAAACAAAGAUAUAAACUGGUCAAGAUAUGGUUUGGGAAAUGAAACCGCACAAAGAGUUAGAGCAAACACAAGUGGCUUCGUAGAUUUAUCAAAUGAUUAUGGUGCAGGUGGACAUCAGGCUUCAGGGGCCAACGAAUUAUUUGCCGAAGAGCAGGGAGAUGCACCUUGGUGGAAAUCAAAUUUUUUUAUAUCCCAACCAGUUUUGUUUGGGACUUGGGAUGGUGUAUUUACAUCUUGCUUAAUUAAUAUUUUUGGUGUUAUUGUGUUUUUACGAUCAGGAUGGAUAGUUGGUCAAGCUGGAAUUAUUAGUGCUAUUAUCAUAGUUUUAUCUACAGUAUUCAUCGCUUUAAUAUCGGUACUCUCAGCUGUGGGCAUUUGCGAAAGAUGUCGAAUUGAAAGCGGAGGUGUAUACUUUGUCAUUGCACAUACGUUAGGAUCUAGAUUUGGAGGAUCUCUUGGUUUACUUUACUGCUUCGGACAGGCAGUAGGUUGUGCUUUAAAUGUUUUGGGUUUCGGUGAAUCCAUGGCGGAAUUAAUCGGAUUUGGUCAUUCUCCAUGGGCAGUUCGACUGAUAGCAAUGGCAGCUGUCUUAUUACUCAGUGUCAUAAAUGUAGCGGGAGUUAAAUGGGUUAUAAAACUGCAGUUUAUUUUGCUCCUCAUAUUACUUCUAGCUGGCCUUGAUUUUAUGGUGGGAAGUUUCGUCCAUACAGACGAAGAAAAUGGUUUUAAAGGAUGGCUGUCGGGAAUUAUAAAUGACAACUUAUGGUCAAAUUAUCACGAGGGUUACAGCUGGUUUACAGUUUUCGGGGUAUUUUUUCCAACGAUAACAGGAAUUCUCUCAGGAAUUAACAUGAGCGGUGAUCUAAGAGCGCCAUCUACCAACAUCCCUAAUGGGACACUAGCUGCAUUAAGCACUGGAACAUUUUUAUAUCUCGUUUUCAUCAUUUUUCUUGGAGCCACAUGUACGAGAGAUGCACUGCUAACUGAUUUUUUGAUUGCUGCGAGGGUGUCUGCUAUACGAGUACUGUUACUAGCGGGAUUAUACGUUUCAUCUAUGUCUAGUUGCCUGGGUGCCAUGUACGGCACUCCAAGAGUUUUGCAGUCUAUUGCUUUAGAAAAUGUUAUUCCAGGAAUUGGUAUAUUGGGCAUGGGGAGAGGACCAAAUAAAGUUCCACUGUAUUCGAUGGCUGUAGUAGCUUUUGUGACUUUUACAUUCAUAUUCAUCGGUGGAAUCAAUACUUUAGCACCGAUCGUAACGAUGCCUUAUUUAUUAACAUACGCUUGUAUCGAUUACUCGUAUUUUGCACUCGCACAAACUUUUGAUAUACAACAUCAUAGGGAACAAAGAUUUCACAGGCCUAGGGUCCAACAAACUUCCGUUAGCACUGACAACGAUUUGGAUAGAUUAUUUCCAGAACGCACAAGGCAUAAGAUUGCAAAUGGAGAAUCUAGUUCUAACUCUCUCAGUAGUCCAGACGAAAAUAGUGAAACCACACCCAUAGCACCUAAAAAUCACAUCCAUUCGAAACAGAAAAAUUGGUAUUCAAAUUUAUGCAAUCGAUGGCUGUCACUUUUUGGAGCAGUGCUGAAAAUACUGAUUAUGUUCUUAGUAAACUGGGUGUAUGCCUUUGCUUGUAUUAGUGUUGUAUUCCUAGUUUGGUUAUACAUCGGCACGGCUAACCCUGCAGUUAAACCAGGAUUAGCAUCGGAAUUUCGAUUCUUUAAAUGGCUGAAAGUAGUCUUCUUGAGAUGUAUGGGAAAACGAGUAACGGAUUAUGAACAAAUUGUUGUAACUCCGUCAUAUCCAGGAGUUGACUUGACAUCGUCUCAACUAAACGAAGACAAUGUAGACUUCGCAAACCGAAGGAGAUAUCAUCAGUCUGCCACAGUUCAAGGCCAUACGGUCAGCAUUGAUGACUGAUUAAAUUUAAAGCAGACGACGACUUAUGUCGACCGUUACAGUAUUAUAAGUCUUGCAAAGGAAAAAUACUACUUGUGCCGAUAUAUGAUUUUCUCAGAUUUUAUCAUUACGGAGAUUAUAUUAUCUGUUCGGGAGUUAACAUUGUUUAAAUACUUGAGAUAAAAAACAGCUUAAGAAAUAAUUAUAGCAUUCCUAAAUUAUAAUAAAAUUUGUCACUAAUAUAUUUAAAUAAUUUUUAUAAAAUUGGAUUUUUUGACUUCACACUUGUGAAAUAAUUAAAAUUCUUUUUUGCCAUACAUAUCAGUAAACUGCUUCGUGUAACUUUAGAUUAAUACUAAUUAUUGCCAAAUGAAUGAAUAUAACUUUUUGGAAACUGCAAUCUAAGAACGUGUCUUUGGAUUUUAAAGAAAUGGACAAAAUAAUCAACAAUAAAUAUAUGAAAAUUUAUCAACAACUGAAAUUUAUGCCGGUCGCCCAGUGCAGCUUGUGCACCGUUUGCCCGCACACGCAUUCUCCAACUGUGUGUAUAUACGUUUCUACCACCUCCACGUUUAGUUCGACCAGACCUGUAUAUGGGUAUGGCUAAAUAAAUAUGGGAACAAGUUUUUCAAAUAUUUCAAUGCCGAGUUGCUGCGUAG